CCAGAGAAGAAGGAAAGAGAAGCGGAGACACAAAAUUAAACUCACAGCAGGGUUUUAUGUACUGUUCACUUAGUGAGGAGCUCUCAGCCACCCAAUAAAUAUCCUCCUCAAUCAUCAUUCUUCCACCUUUUACUCCUCCUUAAUCUGUGAUUCUCUCUGUCUCUCAAGAUGGUCGCUUUAAAUCUUCUUCCAUCCUCAGGGGUCACUUUCUCCAAAUCAAACCAUAAAUGUCCCAUAAAGACUUCGCUUUUGGAUCCAAAUCUUGUUAACAGGUCUCAAAAUCAAAGAAACCCAAGCUGUCCAUCUCUUCCAUUCAAAAAACCCACCUCUCAUUUUACUGAAUCUUGCUUCAAAAUUUCCAACCAUGGUCACUUACUUGGAUUUUCCUCAAAACCCACUUCUCAGAUCUCUCUUUCAAUCAGAGAUUUCACUAAAAUCUAUGAACACCCAAUUGGGUUUUCUCCAAAACCCACAUCUCAAAUCGUCAGAGCAGCAUCUGAUACCCCACAGGAAGCCAACCCAGAUGGAGAAACUGAGGUUUCAAAGCCAAACAAAACCCUAAAACUCGUUCUUGUAUUUGGGUUCUGGUACUUCCAGAACAUUGUGUUCAACAUCUAUAACAAGAAGGCCUUGAAUGUUUUCCCUUUCCCUUGGUUUCUGGCCUCUUUCCAACUCUUUGUGGGGUCUGUUUGGAUGCUCUUUCUCUGGUCAUCCAAGCUCCAACCUUGCCCCAAAAUCACCAAGCCAUUCAUUGUUGCCCUUCUUGGACCUGCUCUGUUCCACACAAUUGGCCACAUCUCAGCUUGCGUCUCAUUCUCUAAAGUGGCUGUUUCUUUCACUCAUGUCAUCAAAUCUUCGGAACCCGUUUUCUCCGUUGUUUUCUCAUCAUUUCUAGGUGAUACUUACCCUAUAAAGGUCUGGCUUUCAAUCCUCCCCAUUGUUAUGGGUUGUUCUCUAGCUGCAGUCACUGAAGUGUCAUUCAAUUUCCAAGGCUUGUGGGGGGCUUUGAUUAGUAAUGUUGGGUUUGUUCUUCGAAACAUUUAUUCGAAACGGAGUUUGCAGAGCUUCAAGGAAGUAAAUGGGUUGAAUUUAUAUGGUUGGAUUACUAUAAUUUCAUUGUUCUAUUUGUUCCCAGUCGCAGUGUUUGUUGAAGGGUCUCAAUGGAUUGAAGGGUAUCGAAUUGCAAUCCAAACUGUGGGAAAGCCAUCCACAUUUUAUCUAUGGGUGAUGUUGUCUGGGGUGUUUUACCAUCUCUAUAAUCAGUCAUCUUACGAAGCACUUGACGAGAUUAGUCCGUUGACUUUCUCGGUUGGGAACACAAUGAAGAGGGUGGUGGUGAUUGUGUCUACUAUUUUGGUGUUCAGGAAUCCGGUGAGGCCUUUGAAUGCGCUUGGAUCUGCCAUUGCAAUCUUCGGCACUUUCUUGUACUCGCAGGCAACAUCGAAGAAAAGUGGAGGUGAAAAGAAGAGCUAAUGAUAAUUUUGUUGAUCUAAUUUCAUUUUCGGAUUUAUUUGAUUUGAUAACAUUGAAAUUUAUCUGGUUUUCUUAUUUUAAGCUAUGAAUUCAAUGGGUUUCAGAAAUUUCUUGUCCUGA